AUGGCGCUGGGCGCCGGGCGCUUCGCGCACAGGUCGAGCGGGGCGUUUGGCGUGAGGGGCAGGCGCCGCGACACCGGGAUCGUCUGCUGCGGCUGCGCCACGCAUUCCCCAACGGGCGUCGUCCUUCCCUGCGUGCUGCUGAGAAGGAAGAAAAGGAGCAGUGUUGUCAAGUACCUGCUGCUCUCGCUCCACGGCUCCAACCGGUUUGAGCUGUCCUGUCAGUUUGAACUGGACUACGAGCUGAAAGAGGACGUCAGGCUGUUCGGCGGCCCCUCGGUGCUGUGGAGGCACGCCGACAGGCUCUUCUACAUCUCCUCUGACACCCGCACGGUGCUAAGCGCUCCUGUCCAACUUUCUUCUGUUGUGUGGGCAGGUGAAAUUGAAGGGGAAGGCACUGUAGUCUUAGGGGUAAGAACCGCUCGCCUGCAAGAGAGCGAAGCUGAGGAUGAGUUCUCCACUUCGGACAGAGCCAUCUGGGGCACUGAGUUCUUUGGAUACGCGAUCGAAGCGCAAAAAAUGCUGGCUAGCACGUGCUUCAUGCCUCACGCGUACAGCAGGGUGGUAUCUUCUGUCCACGUCUGUAAGAGCGAGAUGCUGAAAGAACAGCUCAGAACAUCAGUCGUUGCCGUCACCCACAAGAAUCAACUCAUCUGGUUCCAAGAUGGUCGCCCUAAAGGUGUUUGUGAGCUUCCUUAUGAGAAACCAUGUUCAAUAAAAACAGCCGUAACCAGUGGCAAUCAGUUGCUAUUUAUUGUGUCUUUUGCCUCUGGGAAUAUAUGUGUUGUACGGAGUGAGAACUUACAGGUUGCUUCCAAAUGGCAGAAGGUGAAGUCUGUUCUGGUAGAUGAUUUUGUUGGCUCUGGAACUGAGCAACUGUUGCUGCUUUUUAAGGAUGACUCCAAUACAGACUUGUUAAGUACAUUCAAAAUAACGGAUUUGGGAAAAGUCAGCUAUGAAAGUGGCAUUAAUUACAAAGAUGAUGUUCCUGCUGCAGAAGGAUUGCAAGAGAAUGGUUUGCUUACCAUCCAAGCUCUUGAAAAAAGAUUACAGGCUGGUCUUACUUCUGUUCGAGAGCUACAGCAGCAUUUGGGCCUCAAAAAGAGGGUUCUUAUUGAAUCAUGCAGAGCAUUAAUAGAUCUUGUUGAAGAAAGAAGCCAUAUUCUACCAACCGCAAAAAAGGAAGGUCUUGUCUCUCUCUGGGAUGAUGUAGAAAAUCCUCCUCAUUCUCUUAGUAAAGAGGCAUCAUCAACAUCUAAAGUUCCAGACCACUUCGUAGAGAAAUUGUGGCAGCGUGUUGUGGGUGAAAGCUUGGUAGUUGGAGUAAAACUGACUGAAUCAUUUUCCUGUAAGUCACUGAGUGAUGUCAGUUUAUCUUUAGUGGUGGAUCAAGAUUUCUCUUCAAUUUCUCCAAUUAUUGAGUGUCGGAAUAAAAUCAUUAAGCUGAACAAAGCCUUCUCAGCAUUAUCGGUUUCCUCGUGUCAAAUUGAGCCUCCACUGAAAAAGAUGAAAUUGGACUUGCAUAGCAAGAAUGAUCUGAAAAAAGAGGUUCAUAAGAAAUGUUCAGAGAUUCAUCUGGAAGGAGCGAAGACAGUCACUGCUGUUACCAGCCUUUCACCAUUAUUGGCAUUUCAUUGUGUAUGUUGUGUAGUUCUUCUACAUGCAAAGAAACAAAAACAUCAAAAUGACGGUUUACAGAAGAGCAAAAAGAUCACUUUACUCUGUGGGAAAAUUUUGUUAAGUCUGGAAGAUAUCUCAAAUGGAAAAUAUUCAAUAAAGAUGCUAAGGGAUAAUAGUUACUGUACAGGUUCCAUGGAAGACAUACUUGCUGUCCUUGCAGCAUCUAUGAGAUUUUCCUUUCAGAUUCAGUCUUCUGACUUCACAUUGACUUCAGUAAAUUCAUGGUUACUUGGAGAAAUGGAGUGCACGCCAUUUAAAGAAUGCCAUGACCAUAUAUUCUGUCAUAAAGCAGGAAAUGUAUACGGUACAGUUUUUAACUGGACCCUGAAAAGUCCAUUUGAAGGAGUUCUGACACUAUUUUGCAGAAGUCUGACAGUCUUGUUCCAGUGCCUUCAUAGCCUUACUAGAGUUCUCCCACCAAGCUGUGAUGUAAAACUCCUGAAAUCUGGAAGCAAAGGUGUACUUACCGAGCAGUUAGCACUGGCUUUGGAAAAAGAAAUGCUCACCUCACGGACUUCUCUCUCCUCAAAAGAAAGUAAAGCUGAAAACAGUUUGACAAGGCAGAAUGAGCCUGCCAAAAAUAUCAGUGAUGCUCCUGUGGCUUCUUUACUGGACAGUGAGGACAAAGUUCAGCAAUUCAGAAUGAAGCUUCAGAAUGAACGGGAAGAGAGUGUGCUAAAUAUGAAUCAAACAAUGAAUGGUACCCUUUACCAGGAAAUGGCUUUGAAAAUAGCAGAAGCUCAGCUCAGUUCUGAUAUGAUUGUGUGGAGACUGAGCAAGUCCUAGAAACUAUUUAUUUCGAACAAAGUUUUAAUUAAAAAUAUUGUAUUAAAUAUUUAUAUUUUCAUAGAUACUUAUUUGU